CAACGAGCUCUUCAUAUAAUUCCAAUUUAGAACCAACCAAUUCAUUCUCUUUCUACUCCUUCUUUGUACUUAGUAAAGUCAGGGGAGAGACAAAGAGGCACAGAUAUGGAACAUAAGGAUCACACCCCAACAGUGGCAAAGGAUUACUAUUCUAGAUCAAUAUGGUGGUCACAAACUGCGCCUGCUGUUGGGGAUCACAAGAGCAGUGACAGAAAUAAAGUUAAUGGUAUUUAUUUUGCUGAUGGGAAAGAUUGGUAUAAUAACUCCCAAGAAAUAGUGACUCCUGAAAUUUCUGAUACAUUUGGAGAACUCAAAGAUUUAACUAGUACAAGAAACAUAGUUGAUGAAUUGGAGAAUGGCAGUGAUGAAAUCGGUGAGUAUAGCCGCUAUACGAGUAGAAUGUUGUCGACAGAAAUUGUGGAAAUAGUUGAGGAUGGCAGGAGCAUAACAGAAAACAAAGAUAGAAAAGUUGAUGAUCUUUAUGUGGCUGUUGGCAAAGAUGACUUGGAUGUUGUGAAAUGGGCUCUUGAUCAUGCUGUUUCUCCUGGUUCCCGGAUUUUUCUUGUCCAUGUCUCUCCUCCAAUCACAUUGAUUCCUACGCCAGUUGGAAUGUUUGAAAGAAGCCAAUUGGCCCCAAACCAAGUGAGACUUUACAUCAAUGAAGUGCACAACAAGAGGAAGGAUCUUUUGCAGAAGUACAUCCAAAUGAGUACUGAAGCCAAGGUUGCUGCAGAAACAUUGCUUCUGGAGAGCAAUGACACAGGAAAAGCCAUUCUAGAUCUUAUCUCUAUUCUUAACAUCACCAACCUUGUGAUCGGAAUAAAAAAGCUACCCUAUUCACGGCGCAAUAAUAAAUUGAGCAAAGGAGAGGUGGUAAAGAAAAAUGCACCCCAGUUCUGUGAUGUUACAUUGAUUUAUAAUGGCAAAGUUUUGGUGUCUGACCCUUACGAGGAUGAAUUGGCAUCCCAUGACCCUGCAUCAGAAACCAACUCCUCUCGGUGCAAGUGUUUUUCAGGGAAGCUACGUAGGUACUUGUGUUAUGUCGAGGAGGCAUAGAUUUCAGCCACACGUGAAUGAAGUUCCAUCAUCUGCUAAUUAACUAGUAUUAUAUUCUGUACCUUAUAAUUAUAUUUGCACACAGCAAUUCAAAUUUUUAUGGCCUCUGAGUUUGAAAAAGAUCUACUGAAGAGGAAUGAAGUAGGGAGAUUGAAAAUAAGGAGUGCAAACUGCAAACCCAGUGCUAACUAGUAACAAUUUUUUUAAAAAAAAAAGAAGUGAAGUGGGAAAACUGAAGUUAAUUACCAUCAUCAUUUCAGCAUUUCUGAACUGUAUUUCUGUUAUCCCAUAUUUUCCAUGGAAAUUGCACAUGUUAGUUCCUCGAAUGAUAGCUCAAGUGCUAAGAGCUAGGGGACAUGUAGGUUGGGUUAGGACCGUUCUGAUGUACAAAAAAAUAAAUUUCAAGGGACUCAUAGUAACCAUUGAUUCCAAUUAGUUAGUCAAAUGUUUGAGGAAAAGACUAUGUUUCAUGAACUGAAAACAAAAUAACCCAUUUUUGAAGGGAGAUAAGGGAAAUUUGUAUUUUAAAUUGCCAUAUUCGGAUGUAUUGUUGUUACAAAAUAACCCUAUCUCCUAUUCAUGGUG